CUCUCCCGCAGUAAGAUGGCCGCCGCGAGUGCGCGACGGCGGAGACCGCGAGCCCCGCGUGAGUCGGAGUCGCGAUCCGGGUCCCCGGGUGCCCGGAUGGUGCUGGAAGAGCUGCGCGGGAUCAUGAACAAGGGGUGGCUCGAGCUCGAGAGCGACCCUGGUCUCUUCACACUCCUGGUAGAGGACUUUGGGGUGAAUGGAGUACAAGUGGAAGAGAUUUACGACCUGCAGAGCAAAUGCAAUGGGCCCGUGUAUGGGUUCAUAUUCCUCUUCAAGUGGAUCGAGGAGCGCCGCUCACGCAGGAAGGUCUCUCCGCUCCUGGAUGAGGCGUCCGUCAUCCACGACGACAUCGUCAACAAUAUGUUCUUCGCGCACCAGCUGAUCCCCAACUCUUGUGCGACGCACGCGCUGCUCAGCGUGCUGCUCAACUGUGAGGAGGUGGAGCUGGGCCCUACCCUGAGCCGCAUGAAGGACUUCACUCGUGGAUUCGGCCCCGAGAGCAAGGGCUACGCCAUCGGGAACGCUCCGGCGCUCGCCAAGGCACACAACAGCCACGCCAGGCCAGAGCCGCGCCAUUUGCCCGAGAAACAGAACGGGCUGAGCGCCGUGCGCACCAUGGAGGCCUUUCACUUCGUCAGCUACGUCCCCAUCAACGGGCGGCUCUUUGAGCUCGAUGGCCUCAAGGCCUACCCCAUCGACCACGGGCCGUGGGGCGAGGAGGAGGAGUGGACGGAUAAGGCCAGGAGAGUCAUCAUGGAGCGCAUCGGCCUGGCCACGGGGGGGGAGCCUUACCACGACAUCCGCUUCAACCUGAUGGCAGUGGUGCCGGACCGGAGGCAGAUCUAUGAGCAGAAGCUCACCAUGCUCAAGGCGAACCGCAACACCGUGCUGGAGGCCCUGCAGCAGCUGGUCCUGGUUACGCAACCCGAACUCAUCCGAGCACAGAACCCGCUGGACGCCACGAUCAAGGCCACCCUGCACUCGGAGGGCAGCUCGCACGACGGCAAGGCCGGGCCGCCCCCCGAGGGCAGCGUGCAAGAGGCCAGGGCGGCACCGGCGGCGCCAGGAAGCGGCGUGAACGGGGAGCCGUCGCGGGCGGGUCCCUGUAAGGCAGAGGCCGGGGCGAGGGACAACGCGCGGCCGGUGGGCGAGAGCGGCGCCAGGGCGGCGGCGGACGGCGCCAGGACCCACGACACGAGGAACUGCGCGCACGACGCAAGGAGCCGGGCGCGGGAGGAGAGCCCCCUGGACGCUGCCGGCCCCGUGCCCCCAAUGGCGGCGCCGCCCCCCGGCAGCCCGGCCGACGGCGGCGGUGGCGGAGCCACCCCUCCGGCGCAGGCGGCCGGCCCUUCCCCCAGCGCCUCCAUCCCCGCCCCGCGCCUCCCUGCAUUCCUGGACAAUCACAACUACGCCAAGUCCCCUCUGCAGGAGGUUGGGGAUCUGGGACGCGCCCGCGUGGCCGUCCCACGUGCGGGCGGGCGCCUGGAGGAGGACGGGCUCGAGGACAGGCCGCACCUUCGCCGUGGACGGUUCCGCCGGGCCCCGUCGCCACCGCUCAAAGAUCCUCCCGCGCCCCUGCUCUACCGUGGGGCCGCAGGCGAGAGCGGGGACACGGACGCCGGCCCCGCGCUCGGCUCGCCGGCCCAAGCUCACGGCGGCGCCGCGGAGGCUCCCGGCUCCCCGGCGCCCAGCGACGAGAGCACGGACACGGCGUCGGAGAUCGGCAGCGCCUUCAACUCGCCGCUGCGCUCGCCCGUGCGCUCCCGCAGCGCCACGCGACCCGGCAGCCCCGUGUCGCUGGCGCCCGCGUUGCCGCGCGCGCUGCUCAGCGAGGAGGUGUUCGCACGCCUCGACGCGGCCAAGCACGACCGCGCCCUGCACGACAUGGGACACCGCGUCGGUCACGAGCUGCUGGCACUCGAGCCCGACGGGCGGCUGCGCGUCACGUCCACCCGCCGGCUCCCGUCGCCCACCGACGGGCCCGGCGCUCCCCCUGCCGCGCCGGCGCUCGACCGGACGGAGCCCCCGGAAGCGGCGGCGGCACCGUCGGGCGGCCGAGCGGCCGCGCGCUCCCCGGGGCAGGAUAGGGGCCCCGGCCUCCCCGCACGGCGCCCGGUCCAGCCCGGGAAAUACUCGCCACAGGAGCUCCUCACGCUACUCAAGGGUGUGGAGGCUGACAUUUCCAACUACGAGGUCUGUCUGAAGGAGGAGGUGGAGAAGAGGAAGAAGUACAAGAUUGACGACCAGCGGAGGACGCACAAUUACGACGAAUUCAUCUGCACCUUCAUCUCCAUGCUCGCCCAGCAAGGCAAGCUGUCCAGCCUGGUUGAGCAGAACAUCUCGGUGCGGCGCCGUCAGGGCGUGAGCAUCGGGCGGCUCCACAAGCAGAGGAAGCCCGACCGCCGGCGCCGCUCUCGCCCCAACCGCACUCGCAAGUAGCGAGAGGCCCGAGGACGCCCCACGCCACGCCCCGCACCGCAGCCGCGGAACGCACAACCAGGGACGCCCCGACGUGGGGCGGCUCUACGCACCCCCGCCCCCUAUUUACACGCACACAACCACUCUGGUCUUACACCCAUAGUACACUCGCCCUCUUACCCCGUCAGCAAGUGCCUUUUGUGGCGCUGCUGAUCCGCGUGCGGCCGCGCACCCUGCAGUUAGGCCCUGCGGUCAGGCCCUGCUCUCACGCCCUGCCGUGAGCCGCCACGCUCGGCUCCUGCAGCCCUCGACUCCCACGCUGCAGGAGCUGUCAGCGGUUGCAGUGGGAGGGAGGGAGGGAUGUUUUUAAAACAGUGUGAAGUGUCUGCGCCCGGCAAGCGAAGAUUACGUUUACUGAGCAUCUCCGCAUUUUUGUUGAGUGCAGACGUCGCACGAAUUUGGUGUUAAGCAAGGCUGCUUACGCUUUAUUUUUUUUUGUGUAAUAAAUUACGUUGUUCAGCUUUACUAUCAACGUGCAUCUUGUAAACCAUUCAUAUGUACGUAUUAGGAUAGGCAUAACACUGUACAACACCCUCUGCAUUUAUCGCCUUGAUACCGCAGCCCAGAGAAGUAAUUUAGACUUUACAGAUGGGAUGAAGGUGAGGAGAUGCUACCUGCCCAUCCGAUGAGAGCAAACAAAUAAAUUAAUCGAAACACAGUCAUGUAAAUUAUUAAAUCCCGGAAACCUGUCCUUGAGAAUUGGACAUUUUAAAGUUCAAAGUUUACGCUUGGCAAACCAAUGCUGACCACAUUCAAACCAUUCAUAACUCUUUAUAUGACAAUCCUGGUGGACUGGGUUUAUAACAUCAUUGCAAGUGCGAAAACAACUUGGAUUUCUUCAGCGUUGCAGACCACGCUAUAAUCGGAGCAACAUUAAUCUACGUUCAAAGUAACUGUUGGAAAGUUGCACUGUUUAAUUUCAUCCUCCCCACUUGUGAUGCGGGCAGCUGCAGGUCACUCGCUCGUGCUGCUCGCGCUGCUCGUAUCUCGCACGGACACACCACUCGCUCAUCCCCACUUUCACCCUCCUCCUUCCCGUGCUGCCCUUGUGCCGGUCUCCCCAACGAGUUCUCUGGUCACAUGGUUUCCUUCAGAAUCGUCACACGAGUCACAUGAUCUCCAUUAGUACUCGUCACUAGUGUCCCUUUCACACAAGUCACGUGGUCCCCUUCACACAAGUCACUCGUUACAUGGUCUACUUCGUGAGUCGCUAGUCACAUGGUCUCCAUGAGCACAAGUCACUAGUCACACGGCUGCCAUCACACGAGUGUUCACAUGGCAGCCCUACAGUCGAUUGGGGUGUAAAUGACACCGAUUUUGAGGUCCCGUUUCAUGACUUUUAUUUCAUAACUGUUGAAAGCCUUCAAACUUCAAGCUGCUGUUCAAUACUCGUUUGUAGAGCUGCAAAUCGGCGUUCUGCCUCCAUGGCCAGCGUGAGGAUGGUGCGCAGUGCGGUCACAACCUGUAAAUAAAGAACGUCUGAUAUGA